AAUUGAGAGAGGAAGAAAUGGAUAGAUUUUUCGGAAAUGCAUACAGAGGAGACCCUGGAGUUCCACAUGCAGACCCAGAACGAUUCGGAAAUAUAUGGAUCGGUUCGCUUGCUUUCUCUGCCAUCACUUGGUUCAAUCCAUACAUUUGGCAACUCUCUAAUCAAUCCAAUUGGCAUGACCGGGCAAUGAUAUUCGAACAGUACCACUGGAAAAAAGCACUCCAAAAGAAACAGCCGUAUAAGUUUAAGUGGAACGAGAUGGACAAGGAAGUGCGUGACUCUUACUACUUCAACUGGCCUGUUUACUUCCCUUAGAUCAAGGACAUACAUCAAUACAUUAUCAGCUAUCGCAGUAUCUUGGUUUACAUUUUCAGCGAUGUAUUUUUAUUUGUGCAGCACCUUCUUUUUGGACGCUUUCAACAAAUGAAGUUAUGUUUUCUUUAUAUUAUGUUAAUUCCUAGUAAAACACAAAUCUAUGAUCUCAUGUUAUCAACUGUAAUCUUCAAGGUUCCUCCUAACCAGCAACAGCAGGCUUUUUGCCUGGUCUGCUUGUAGGAGUCAGGUACUUGUACUGGUCAGGUAAAUUGGCCAGCUCUGUUUACCUGUUUCCCUGUUCAUUAAACUGUUGAAUAUCUGUUGGUGAUUCAAUUUUUGAACGGUUGUUGGAUUCAAACUGGUUCAAAUCAAUUAUUGAGUCUUUGUCA